AUGUUUCGUUACAUUGCUUUGAGUGUAUUCUUGCUCUUUUUGGCGAUUCUACUCUUCCGCACGUUUGUGAUAUUUACACCUGACAAAGCAAUAUUCGAACCAUGCUCAUCGACAAGUGACAAUCAUUCCUUGCAUUUCGAUCAACAACGUCUACAAGCAUUUCAAACUUUACUUCAAUUUCAAACGAUAUCCUAUUCGGAAGAUCGUCAAAAUGUCGAAGAAAUGAAAAAAUGUCGAGACUUCAUCAAGAAACACUAUCAUGGCUUGCUCAAAAGAUAUCCAAACUUUGUUCAGCUUCACAGUAUUGCUGAAUAUUCGUUAUUAUUUUCUAUUCAAGGCAAAAAUUCAAGUUUAAAACCAUUCCUUCUAUCAGCUCAUAUGGAUGUGGUGCCUGCAGGCAACGUCGAACGAUGGAAACAUCCGCCAUUUAGUGGUUAUGCAGAUGAAGAAUUCAUUUUUGCACGUGGUACAUUGGAUGAUAAAGGAAACGUUUUUACUAUGAUGGAAGCCGUUCAGGAGUAUUUGAACGUUUACGGACAGCCAUUUCGAACAUUCUAUGUAGCUUUGACACAUGAUGAAGAAAUCGGUGUUGCAGGUGCUAGUGGUGUUUCUCGAUAUCUAUCUGAACAGCCAUUUGGUCGAGAUGGACAGUUCGAAUUUGUGCUUGAUGAGGGAACAGUGAUUAUGGAAGAAGCAUUUCCAACAUUGAAUAAUCCUCUCGCCCUCAUUGCUGUUGCAGAAAAAGGAUUUUUGUCUGCGGAAUAUCGUGUGAAUGUCGCUCCUGGACAUUCCAGUAUGCCAGUAACGCCUACAGCGAUCGGUAUUUUAGCACGCGCGAUAGAUAAAGUUGAAAGUACGCCACAACCGUCACGAUUUGGUCAAGGACCUGAAAUGAGUCUUCUACUCACUGUCACACCUUAUUUAUCAUUUCCUUUACGACUUGUGAUGAGCAAUAUGUGGUUAUUUGGACCUGUGGUUCAAUGGGUUCUCACUUUGAAACCAGGAACCAAUGCUUUACAACGAUCUACAACAGCAAUAACGUUGAUUAAUGGCGGAGAGAAAGAUAAUGUUUUGCCAACAUCAGCAUCUGCUACCAUCAAUCAUCGUCUUCAUACUGCAGAUUCCUGUCGACGUGUGCUCGAAACCAAUCGUGCAAUAAUCAAUGAUGAUCGUGUUACUGCUCGAAUAAAAACAUGUUCGGAACCAUCACCUGUUUCGCCAUUUGGAAAAGAUGUCUAUGCAUAUCGUGUCCUUGAACAGACUAUUCGUCAAACAUUUGAACAGAGCCGGCAACCGAUUAUUGUCGUACCUGGUCUAAUGUUAGGUGCAACAGAUAGCAGAUCAUACACAAAUUUAUCGAAAAAUUUAUAUCGAUUUUCUCCAUUUAUCUAUCGACAUGAUGAUUUAAACCGUCUGCAUGGUGACAAUGAACGCAUUCGACACAAAGAUAUGCAACGCGGUUUGAACUUUUACUUUCAUUUAAUUGUCAACAAUCAACUAGAAAAUCUACCCUUACCAAAAUUCAAAUCAGAAUUUUGA